GCUCAAGUUGUUUUUGAUGAGAUCGGUUCGCAAAAAAAGGAGCAAAUUGAGUUCGCAUAGCUUUAAAUUUUGUGUAAAAUUGGAAGAAAAUCUUCUAAUAUCAAAUUUCAUUUGAGUUCUUCAAGUGUUAGUGAUAUGAAAGCUAUGUUUUUUGUGUGAUUGAUCAUCUUCAAACCAUCUGUUGUUUGGAAGGAAGAUCUAUAGAGGAGAGAAAAAUUUGUUCUAGUGACCCAAAAAUAGUUUACAUUAUAAAGUAACGAAUGAUGAUUAUGUAAAGAUUGACUGUUGCUACCGGAGAAAGGAUUCAUACUUUCUUCCUACAUGCAUUCAUUCAUUGAAUAUUAAAAGAAGAUUAAUGAAUUCGUUUGAAGCUCGCAUAGAAUUUGAGCAACUGUUUUGAGAAGAAAAUUUCCUCAAAAUAUUGAAAGUGAUUUACAAAAUAGCUGAGUGAGAGACAAAAAGAAAAGCAAAAGAGAAUCCUCACAUUGUGAUAAUAAUACGUAAUCAUUAAAAAAUGUCGACCGUAUGUUAUAUGCCAUCAACAUAUCAAACAUCGUGGGAUUGGCCAGAUAGUUCUGAAAAGAAUCAGAAAGUUUCUGCAUCUUACGUUACCGGAGCAAUUCCUGAUUCAACACGACAGAGACAUGCUCCAUUGUAUGGAAGGCUUGUUUCGGAAGAACACUUGCCAGCGACGCAUCGAGAUGUCCAUCAUCAGCAGAGAUCAAUCAGUCCAUCCUCGUCGUCAACAGACAUACGAGCGAUGCAAGCACGCAUACCAACACAUUUCAGAGAUCCGUCAUUAGCGCCUCUUCGGAAGUUGAGUGUGGAUCUAAUUAAGACCUAUAAGCACAUCAAUGAGGUUUAUUAUGCCAAAAAGAAAAGACGCGCUCAGCAAUCACAAGGAGAUGACUCGUCACAUAAAAAGGAGCGAAAACUUUAUAAUGAUGGAUACGACGAUGAAAAUCACGACUAUAUUAUAAAAGCUGGUGAAAAAUUUCUUGAUCGGUAUGAAAUUGAUUCACUCAUAGGUAAAGGCUCAUUUGGACAAGUUGUGAAGGCGUUUGAUCAUGAAGAGCAAUGUCAUGUAGCUAUUAAGAUUAUUAAGAAUAAGAAGCCAUUUUUAAAUCAGGCACAAAUUGAAGUAAAAUUAUUGGAAAUGAUGAAUAGAGCUGACGCAGAAAAUAAAUACUAUAUUGUGAAACUUAAACGACAUUUUAUGUGGCGCAAUCACUUAUGCUUGGUGUUUGAGCUUCUAUCAUAUAAUCUUUAUGACCUUCUUCGUAAUACAAACUUUCGAGGUGUCUCAUUGAAUUUGACGCGAAAGUUUGCUCAGCAACUGUGCACAGCACUUUUAUUUUUAAGUACACCAGAGCUAAGCAUCAUUCACUGUGAUUUGAAGCCGGAAAACAUUUUAUUAUGCAAUCCUAAACGUUCGGCAAUAAAAAUUGUAGAUUUUGGAAGUUCGUGUCAACUUGGGCAGAGAAUAUACCAAUAUAUUCAGUCGCGUUUCUAUCGAUCACCUGAAGUCCUCUUAGGGAUACCAUAUGAUUUGGCAAUAGAUAUGUGGUCACUAGGAUGUAUACUUGUAGAAAUGCAUACGGGAGAGCCACUGUUUUCAGGUUCAAAUGAGAUCGAUCAAAUGAAUAAGAUUGUAGAAGUACUUGGUAUGCCUCCAAAACACAUUCUCGAUCAAGCGCACAAGACAAGGAAGUUCUUUGAUAAAUUAUCAGAUGGAAGUUAUGUACUUAAGAAAGUGAGCAAUCAAACAAGGAAGUAUAAGCAGCCAGGCUCGAGGAAGCUUCAUGAUAUUCUAGGCGUUGAAAUGGGAGGUCCCGGAGGUCGUAGACAUGGCGAAAUUGGUCAUACCGUUGCUGAUUAUUUGAAAUUUAAAGACUUGAUUCAUCGGAUGUUGGAUUUCGAUCCAAAGACCCGUAUUACACCUUAUUAUGCCUUGCAACAUAAUUUCUUCAAGCGAACAUCUGAUGAAGGAACAAAUACAGCUGGAAAUGUUGCUUCUCUUAGUUCUGUGAGCACAAGUCCUUCUACAGAUCAACAAAUUCAUGGAGGCUUAUCAAUGAUACUACCACCAACACGUUCUCAGGGAAAUAUAUUGAUCAAUAACAGCAUAAGCAGCAGCAGCAACAGCAGUAAUAAUAUUUAUCCAAUGGAUUGUGAACCAUCCGUAAUCAGUAUAUCAUCAUCAAAUCAGCCAUCUGUUCAAAUAGCACCAUCGUCAUUGAAUAUCAAUCAACAGCAACAGAGAUAUUUACAACAUAUGCAUAAUCGAAAUAGUCGUUACAUAGCACCAACGUUAAGUAGUAGUGGUUAUGUCGGACAAAAAUAUGCUCCUGCUUCAUUACCAAUUGAUUUAAUAUCUGUCGCAACGGCGGCAAAUAAUGGAAACGGAAGUAGUAGUAUUGUGGUAUUACCCUCAACAACGCAAGAUCAUCAUCUUAAUUCAUCGGCAUCACUCAUCAUUAAUCAUCCUGCAAACAAUGUUUAUGCACCAUUUAAUGAUGGCUCUUCCAUACACCAAAAUUUACCAAAAGUUGGCAGUGGAAAUUCGCGAAAUCUUAAUAGCAAUACAAAUAACAAUAAUUCGACUUCGAACGAUGAGUCAAUGGUUGGCGUUUGUGUUCAGCAAAGUCCAGUAGUUAUACAUUAAUUUUUUUUUGUGUUUUGCUUAGAAGAUGAAAAUCGAAUAAAUGCAUGGGCCAUGGGAUACGAGAGAGACAAAAACCGAUUCUCUCACGAAUUGAUUUAUUUAACAUGUAAAUAAUUAAAAAUCACAUUUCAUCCCAUUUUUCCUUCCUUCAGUUAAAAUUGAUGGUCAAAAGCUUAACUUUAUAUUUUUUUGAAAAACUAAAUAUGUAGUAAAUUUUUUUAAAUCUAAUUCCCUAAAUUAUUAUUAAACAAUUCUUGUGUUUUUGAUUUCAAUGUUUUGUGUAAAAUAAAUUCUUUACUUUUAAUUUAUUCCUAUCUCAACUAAUUCAAUUAAAAUGAAGACGAAUGAAAAUUAUCUAAUCAAUAGUGAAUUAGUGGAAAAAAAAGCAUGAGAAUGUCUGAGGCACCAGCCUUUACAUUAUUUAUGAUACCACUGUUGUUUUUUUUUUUUUUUUUUGAAAAGGAAAGAACACAAUGAAAGACAAGAGAACUUUAAGUGAGUGCUUAGUAAUCAACUAAUUUGAUUUAUGAAAAAAUCUAGUUUUUAUUCCAAAUGUUUACAAAUUAGUUGAUUAACUUUUGAAUUCCCAACGGUUUUCGUUGAUUUGAAUUUUUGUAACGUUUUCACCGAAACAAUUCAAAUUCGGACAUAACAUUUGUAUGUUUUUCAAGAACUAUAAAAGUCGUGGGUUCGGGCUGUAAGUGGAUCUGACUGGAACUUUAUCGAUAAUAACUCACUGUCAAAAUAUCAAGUUAAUUAAAUUAAAACUGGCUUCAGGAAAUGACCUAGUCGGAAAAUUACACUCGAUUAGUCACCGUUCACUAAUCCAGCAUCAAUACUAUCACAGAAGUCUGCACAUACAAUUUACAAAAAUUCAGUUAUUUGGAAGCACAAUUUGGAGCAUGAAAACCGAGGUUAAAAACUAUUUAGAUAAAUUGAUGAAAACACAUUAUUCAGUUGUUUCUUUUAGAAUUUAAUGUAAUUAACGACUAUGAAAUUAUGGAAAAUGGUGAUAAAAAUAUAUUUUUUCCGUUUCAUUUUAACUAUAAAUUUAAUUUUUAUUACUUAAGUUCAGCAUAUUGAGGAGCUAAUAGAAACAAUAUUAUGUUUUCUCUGUGAAAGAAAAAGAACAUAAACUGAAUAGGAAAAUUUUUUAAGUUUAACUGAUGUAAAUUUAAGCUUAAAUUCUCAUACAUUUAUUGGGAAUAAUUUUUCAUUUUUGAUGAAGAAAGUAAAAGAGAAUCUGCCAAAAUAUGAAAAAUUGAGGGAAUGGAUAGUAAAUAGCUCAAUUAAGGCUAACACAUUUUUGAGGAACUGUGUCAGCUCAAAAUAAUCUCAUCGUCGUGAUAUCAAAUAAAGUUCGGAUUGAUCUUGGUUGGAGGGAAAUUUUUAUGGAAGGGACGAUUUUCGUCCGACUUAAAUAAACAUUUUUCUUUUGCUGCACAAUUCUAAUCAAAUUAUAUUUAUUAACAUAAAUGCGCGAGGGGAUGUAAGAAAAGGAUUUUGUUUAUAGUUUCGAUCAUGAUGCAGAAAAAAAAGCAUGAAAAUGCAAACACAUUAAACUGUACACUGUUAAUACAUAUUACAUACUGAUUAAUAAGACUUCAACUUUUUUCCAUUCUUGCAUAAUUAUAAUUUAAAAUGAGAAUACAAUCUUGCCUUUUUGACUAUUUAAUCAUUUUUAUAUAGGUAGCUUUUUCAACAAGAAACAUAACUUCCAUGCCUACCACGCAUGGAAGUUAAAGAAGAUAAAGUCUGAAAAAUAACACAUUUUAAGAUGAUAAUGCAUUGUGAAUUUACACAACAAGAAUGGUGUAAUAAGAAUCCUAUUUCACAAUCCAUACACAUUUGUAAUACAUUGGAGCAUUACUUUUUAAACUUCUUUUUUUUCUAAAUAAUGAUGCAAAAUAAUUCAUAAUUCACCGAUUUAUAAUGAAUGCAAAUAAAGUGUAAUGAUGUAGAGGAGUACUCAUUUUUUAAAGAGACUUUAAAAAAAUACUGGAUAGAAUCAUUGAUCAAGAAUCGAAAAAUGACUUAUUGGCUUUGGGAUUGUGUUUUCUGAUGUGUUGUAGACAUCUUUUUGUGUCGGUUGUGAUCAAAAAUCAAAUGUCUAAUAUGAAAGGUUCCUUCAAUAAGAUUCAAAAUUUAGCCUCAACUCAACCCCUCAUUAUUUUUCUAUAAUUAGUAAUUAAUUGAAUUCAAUCUUAAGUUUUUCUUAUGCUUAAACCAUCCAAAUUGAAUCAAAUUAAUUAAUUGCUUAUUGACCUUAAAAGGCAAACAGUAUACUCAGAGGUACCAUUGUGAGAGCACGAAUGAUUUAAACGCUAGCUGGCUCAGAAAACAUCCAAUCCUAAAGAAAACAAGCCAAUCCACAGCAUAUAACUUUAAAGAUUUGAAAAGAAAAUUGAUACUUUAUAGAAAAUUCCUCAAUUGAAAACAAAAAGAAUUAAAAAAUGAUACAUAAGAAAUUAAAACUGCCACAUGAGAGAAAAAGAUGAAUUUUACAUGCAGAAUUUUUGUGAAAGCAAGGAGCAUAACAGUAUAUACAUUGAGAUGACUAAUAAAAAAAACUUACUAAAACCCGAAUCUUUUGUCCUAGGCGAAACAAAACAUAAAUCAUAAAAAGAAACUAAAUUGAUGACUUUGAUAGAAAAUGAAGAAACAAUGAUGUGUUCAUUUUUUUAAAUUAUUUUAAUUUUCUUCUUACAAUGCAAAUACACAAUGAGAACAUAAUUCUUUUUUUGGCUCUUAAACGGAUCACAUCUCAUUGAUUUGAGGGAAAAAGAAUUAAUUUUCAUAUACUAGAGAAAUUUUUUUUUACAUAAAUGAAAAUGAAAAAAAAAAGAUGAUAAAUUUAUCGAUAAUCGAAUUUUUGCGCUCUUCGCUUGAAAGUGAGAAUAAAUUUGUGGUUCACUUUAGCGAAUUACUAAAUAAUUCAUUUUUGUACGAACUUUAGACAUAAAAAAACUAGAUGAAUAUUAACAAUAUAUUGUGAAAAAUGUGAAGAAUCAUAUGAUAUAAUUAAUAUCCGAGCAACAAAAACAACUUUUGGCAUAUAUAAAAAAAACUAUUCAAAAAGCUUCUCUUUAAUAAUUUUGGUGAAUUUAAAAAAAAACUUUUGGCGAUUCAAAAAUAAUGAACAUCUAAAAAGGCAUAUUUUGGCAAGGCUACUAAAAAUAAAUCUGAUACUGGGGGUCCUCGAUUUGAGUAGUUGUUUUGUUCCAAAAAAUUUCUACUCAAAUCGAAUCUAUUCAAAUCGAGGCAAAGAAUCCAUACAAAAUUACAUGUUUUGUUCCUGAGUCCAAAAAAUGUAUCAAAACAAUGAAAAUUUUGAUCAUUUUUUGCACAUUUUACCUCGUUUCUUAACUUUUCCUUUGUGUUUUAGAUAACUUAAUUUAUUUCAACGCAUAUUCAUAUUGUUUUUAAACGGAAAUUCACAAAAAAAAUGUUUUUGAAACAAAACAAAAAUAUGAGAACCUUGCAAAUGUUAUUUCACUGAACAAUUUGUAAGGUUUUUGAAUUUGAACUUUUUAAAAUCGUUGAUUUUAUAUCGAUUUUUUAAAUUUUUACUUUAAUUUUGUAACUUUAGUAUUGAUUUUUCUAUCAAUAUGAUAAGUUCACGCUUAUCGCAGUAAAAUUUAUGUUUUAAAAUUAUUUUCUGAAAUGUUUUUAUCAAAAAUAUUUGUUUUGUAAACAAUUCAAAUCGAAGAAAACAGGAAGAAAUCUACUCAAAUCGAAUAUUUUGGUGGGUAAUAAAUUUUCUGUUCAAAUCGAAUCUACUCAAAUAGAAUCUACUCAAAUCGAGGACCCCCAGUACAAUGUGUAAAUUGACUGUGACAAAUCGAUGUAAGCUUGAACUGUCAUUUGACAAUUGAAAUUUUAUAGCAACUACAUAUAACCGUCAUUUCAAAUUCAAAAUUUUUGUUCACUUGACAAGGAUUUUUUAGAAAAAAAUUUUUUUUUCACUAAAUGACAUGCCAUAAAAAUUCAAAUUUGUAGUGACAGUUCCAAAGCUUACAAGAUCAAACAGAUACUUUUUCACAAAGUGACGAACAAAAAAUUGAGUUUAACUCAGCAAAAAAGUAAUUAAUCUUAAACAAAUGGGAUACAUACAUAGGGUGAUGUUAAAUUGAAUGAGAGUUACCCUAAUAAAAAAUAAAUGAGAAAAAGCACUAUUUUCGGACCGAUACAAAAAAUUAAGAGAAAUGGAAAAAGUUCCACUUUUGGAUUAAAAAAAUUAAAAGAAAAAAUAAAAAAAAAAAUAAAUAAAAAGAUAGUUUUAAGACGAGUAAGCGAUAAGUCAUGUUUUGCAUGUUACAGAAAACAAAAACAUGUUUUUCCAAAACAAUUUUACUGCUAAAUAAUUGAUGGCGAAACUGAUUGGAAAAAAAGGAAAAGUAAAAAAUAAAGAAUAAAUUAAGUUAAAGUUAAUACAAUAGCGAAAAUUCUUAAAAGAGUAAAUCAUAAGUUAAUUUAUAACAAUACAAUAUUAAAUUAAAUACAUUUUAAGUAAUAAGAAAAUAAUAAAAACGCAUUUGUUUAAAAAAAAUGUUAACUUAUUUCUUAUUUGUUCCUUGACUAACCCCUAACCCCCCUCAUCUUCUGAGUAGUCUAGGACAAAUAACUUCCUCAAAUCUACUCUUGACAUCUUCAAUGUGAUGAUGCAAAAUUGAUUGAUGUAAUCAGAACAAUAUUCUUAAAGUGCAUUAAUAUUUUACCUUUUCAGGAAGUUUGUGGAC